AUGCCAUCGUCGUCAAACAUUGACACGUCUUCGAUGGGAAUGGUCAGUGCACAGAGGUCUUGUAAUUUGCUAGCAAUGCCCGUUGGAACGUUGCUCUCACUGUCAUACGUAAAAUCGAAUAGAAAAGAUCUGGUUGAGGAUGAAAAGAGCUUCAAAAGGGUGGUGCAAAUUUUAGUCCCCAAGACCGAAGGUAGCAAGUGUUGUCAGAAAAUGCUUUUGACGAGGGGCGUUUAUUGGGAUUUGCAGAGAUUGGCGGAGAUGGAUGUUGUCGGAGCCAAGAAGGCUUUUCAUAGGCUUUCGGGAAGUAGGCUAAUAAGUGUUUUCUCGAGGACAUGGAAAUAA